AUGAAUAGAAAAUCGAAUACUAGCAAAAGUAAAAACGAAAAAGAUAGAGUGGGAGACAGUUCCAGAAAAACGAAGUGAGUUCAAAUUAUAAACAAAUUCAUCUUUUUAAAUAAUAUGAGUUCAAUUUAAGGAUAUCGUCGUUGUUCAGUUUUAAAUCAUUGUGAGUUUUCAAAAAAUGUUAUCGACAAUUUAAAAAUUGAAUCGAUCCAGAAAUAAAUCAAGUCGUGACACCAAAUCGAAAAAACACCAAAAAAGUAAAAGAAAAUCUGAUGUACCUGGUGCGAAGAAAACUGUUGCAAUUCCUGAUAAAAUGAGAGUAAGAAUAUUAUCAUAUGAAUAUUCCAAAAAAGGUUUUCUUCUAGUUAGACAAACCACAAGAGAAUAAGCCGAUUGAAGAAAUCCAGGAACCACAAAAAAGCAAAAUUCAAGUUCCGGUAGAAGAGAAUAAAAUCGCAGAAAUUGUCGACGAAAAGAAAGAAAUGCCACCAACAUCGACACUUUCAACAUACAGUACCAAAACAACUGUUCAAACAACAGAAACAGAGUCUGUAAUGCCUACAGUAAUCCAACAGGAACCAACACAAAAAGAACAAGAACCUUUACCAACAAAAGUCAAGUCUAUUAGUUUGAUUGCACAACUUGAUAUUGAAAAAGAUGUUAUUCAAGCUACUCAAAAAGUCAAAAUGGAAGAUGGUUACGAAGAUUUUGAUCCUUCAAAAGCUCAAGCUUUCAAUCAAUAA